AUGAUUCUCUAUCUAUUUCUCACUCUCUCUCUCUCUUUUUUUUCAUAUAGGGUUUUAUGUAUUUGUGGAAAUGAUACACAUUUAGCAACAGGAAGUCUUGAUAAAACUGUUAUUAUAUGGUUAUUAAACGAUGGAAAAUUAUUUCAAAAGUUAGUUGGCCAUGCAAAAGGUGUUUGGUCAUUAAAAUUUCUUUCUACAACACUUCUUAUUAGUGGAGCCUAUGAUGCAACAAUCAAAAUUUGGAAUAUUCAUACGGGUAUUUGUCUACGAACUAUAUUAUCACAUAAUGGUCCUGUAUGGUCAUUAGCAUGUUCAAAUGUUUAUUGUUUAUCUGGUUCUCAAGAUCGAACUGCACGUUUAUGGCGCUUACCUAAAUGUGAACUUCAUGCAACUUUAAGCGGUCAUACAUCAAGUGUAUUCGGUGUUGAUCUCAAUCAAGAAUUAAAUCUAUGUGCAACAGCUUCAGCUGAUAAAACAGUUCGUUUAUGGUCAUUAACGACAGCUCAAUGUGUUAAAAUUUUAUAUGGAACAACAGAUGAUUAUAUAAUGAGUGUAUCACUGCAACAUGGUUAUAUAGCUUAUGCAUUUGGCGUCUAUAUAAUGAUCUACCGAAUUAAUAUGGAAGAAUCACGACCAUGUACUGUUCAAAAAAUAAUGGAAACUCAUGAGCAUCGAGGACGAAUUGAAAGUGUUCAAUUAAUCUUAUUAAGUGAUGAAGAUAAACAACCAUCACUUGUUUCAGCUGGUCAAGAUGGUGCAGUCAAAUUUUGGAAUUUAAAUAAUCUUGCAAGUCAACAUACAUACAGUACAAAGAAUGCUGAUAUUGUGAAAAUAAAUUGUAUAUAUGUUGAUCGUACUCAUAUUGUAACUGUUGGUGAUGAUUCUUUAGUUAGAAUUUUAAAUUUUGCACCAAAAACAUGUCAAAAUUAA